AAGUCCCUGCGGAGGUGUGGGUGGGGGGGAGAGAGGGGCGAGGGGAGAUAAAGAGAAAGAGAGAUGGAGAAAGAAAGAGAGAGACAGAGUCAGACCUCAGACCUCAUUUAAGAAGUUACCAAAGACUCCACACUCUGAGACAGGAGGAAAGGGACAGCCGAGAAAGUGAAGUCAUCUCAGGGUCAUACUAAAUCCUCCAGGAGCUCCACGGCACAGAAGAGAGAUAAAAGGGAGAAUAAAAAAAACACAUAAAAGACCGCUUAAGCUCUUAGUGUCUGUGCCCCGCUGCUGCUAUGAGCAGGGUGUUGAUUCUGUCCGUGCUCCUGCUGUCCCUGAGCUGGUGCAGAUGUGCCGUCAUCACAGGGGCAUGUGACAGGGAUGUGCAGUGCGGAGUGGGGCUGUGCUGUGCUGUGAGUCUGUGGCUCAGAGGCCUGCGUAUGUGCACACCACAGGGGCUGGAAGGAGACGAAUGCCACCCGUACAGCCACAAGGUUCCUUUCCCCGGCAAGAGACAACAUCACACCUGCCCCUGCCUGCCACAUCUGGUGUGCACCAGGUACAACGACAACAGAUACCGCUGUACCAGUGACUUCAAAAACAUAGACUUUUAACAUUGGAAAUGUGAGAAAGAGACAAGUGAAGGUGGGGAAUACUUGAAAAGGAACAGCACAAGAAGAUUAAUGACAAGUGCCAUAGCACCUUUCUGGUCACGUUCAUUUUUCACUGCACUUUGCACUACAAAAAUUAUCACGGCACCACGGCACGAGGUCUACCUCAGAAUCGCUGGUUUACCUUGGCAUUGUAAAAAAACAACGCUAGUUUCAUCACCUGUACGUGAGCACACAUGCAAACAGGCAUUUCGUAAGGAAUGUGCUUAGGAGGAAAUCGUAUUUUCUUCAAUAUGCUGUGAAUUUGUCGAAGGCUUAAUUAUUGUUAUUAAAUUAUUAUCCGUCUGAA